AUGGCGGAGCAGCAGGAGAGCCCCAGCAUCGACGACCUGACCCCGGAGGAGGCCAGCCGCAUCAUCCACUCGCACCGUAAAGUGCGAUAUGGAACGGCGUGCUGGCCUUGCCGUCAGCGCAAGGUGAAGUGUGACAACAAGCAGCCAUGCGAGAACUGCGUGAAACGAGAGCACCCCCAGCUAUGUUCCUACAAGCCAAACCGGUCGUCCAAGUCUACCGCAGGGUCGGACGUCGCCUCACACAUCAGCAAGAAGAGGGCCCACUCUCCUGAUGACCAGGACUCCCGCGAACUGAGCAGCGAGGCCAAAUCUGAUCCUGCCAUGCGCGCUUUCGUUGACCCCGAAUCAGCUGAGGUGACAAGGUAUCUCGGACAAAACAGCAUACCAGCCCUGCUGAGGGAACAGACCUCUCCCAACGACCGCCAAGCGGGUGUCGACAACAUCCGACAAGACAUGCGCUCCAUCUUUGGCCUGGACAACUCGGCCCCCUUCCCGCUUAUGUCCUCGCGCCACCUGGAGAAACUGACCGCGGACAUCUCUGCUGAGCUGCCGUCUGACCGCGAGGUUAUGAAGUUGUUCCGAACGUACAAGGAGAUCCCCCAGGUCUUCUGGGGGUUUGUGAUAGACAUUGACGACCUGGAGUCAAGAUUAAUGGUUUACCUGGAAGAGCGGGCAAAGAACGCCCGCAGCACCGUCAAGAUCGCCAGGAGGCCCGUCUCGGCUUCUUGGCUCGCUAUUCUGUUCGCAGUCCUCGCCGUGGGUUCACAGUACCACGACUCCCCAUACCAUAUACGGACCAGUAGUUCCCAGAAGUACUUGCAAAUUUCCUUCCAUUUUCUACGCAUGGGCAAUUUCCUCUUGCGGCCCAACUUCGACUCAAUACAGGCAUUGUUACUCGUUUCCUUUAGUCUUCUCAACGACAUGAAGGCAGAAGGAUCUUGGGCUUUGCUCGGGCUUACCUGCCGCCUGGCGCUCUCACUCGGACUCCACAGGCUCAACAAUAACGAACUAACGGACCCCGAGGCAAAGAGGAAGGAAACUAUCCGACGCAAGCUAUGGUGGUGCUGUGUCUGGCAUGAUACUCUCACAUCGCUUUCGUUCGAUCGCUCGCCCAUGACGAACAUCCCCUGCUGUCCGAUCCCAGUCUCACCAAGUGUUGAAAGCAAUGGCUUGACCUACCUGGAAGCCAUGUAUCAUCUCUGCCAAAUCAUCAAUCGACGCCUCAACCCCGACGCUACCGCCGAGGCGACCUUUGUACAGAUUCUAGACAACUGCCAGGCCACCGAGAGAUUGCGUGAGAAAGUUGUUCCUCAGAUCCGCAGCAAAGAAGCCUGCAAGACCGCAGUCGACCGACUUCAACAUUUUGCCAUCAGGCUACACACAUGUUUCGUUGUCUCCGUCUGCUGUCGCCCUGCCCUGAAACGAGGCGGCGAGUCGGAUGCACUCGAGCCGUCUGAACGAAAGGUCUUAUCCGCCAAGUUCAGGGACAACCUGACCGAGACGGUCAGGAUGUUCCUCGCCAUGCACCAACUCUCGGUGAUCCCGACCCGGUCCUGGGCGUUUACGUACCACGGCCUGUCUUCAGCCGUGCUCCUGGGUCUCCUGCCCGAGACCAAAUCAGACCCCGAGAUCCGUCAGCUGCAAGGCGACCUUAUUUCCGCACUGUCCGCUACUGCGGCGAAGGAGCAGUCCUCCCCGAUACCACACAUUCAAAAGAGUGACAAGGAUAUUGAACUUUCAGGGCCACUAUCACGUGCCCUCGCCGCCCUGAAGAAUAUCUAUGAUCACGGUAGUGUCAUGGGUUCUUCAGUUUUCAAGCGCGAUGGCGGAACACGAUCUGGGACACGUACGCCUCUGGGUAUAGGUCAGCUCACGAACCCUUCCGUGGGCGACAAUCACAACCUUCUCCCGGGGCCACCCUAUGCCAACUCUGGCCUCCAGAGCCUCGAUCCCCACCAAGAUGCGGCUAUGGCGAUGGCCGAAAUGCAGAAUGGGAGUGGCAUGCAGGACUUUUCAGGAUUGCCAUAUGUCACUGGGGCACCGCUCGAAGGCACCGAUCUAGCGCCGAUUGACCCGAGCACCUACAUCGAGCCGAUGGAACUUUACGACUCCAUCUUCUGGGAGUCACCCGACCCUUGGAACUCGGGCCUUGAUACCAUGAACUUUGACUUCCUGGCCCAACCACCUCCGGGCCAGCCACCACAGCAACAGUUUUAUUUCUAG